AUGGAGAGUUCAAUGAAAUUAGGGUUAAUGGCUGUUUUUGCUGUUUCUGGAAGCGUGGUUUUAUUGGCUCAUCAAGUUCAUAAACGUGUAUUAUCUGAUUUCAUGAAGAAAUUUGAGUUUGAAAUGGGUGGUAUCGUAUAUCCACAUAGCAGGAAAAAAUUAAAAGGUUAUAAUAAACAUCAUGAAGCAAAGAAAAAGGUGAGGUUUGCAAAAAAAAUGAAGGAAGUUUCAAGGGAGAAUAAAAGUAAUGAUAAUCAUAGGAAUGAGAUAAGGGCACAAAGGGUGAAAGCUGAACAAGUUUGGGUCAUUAAGAAUGCUUUGAAAUCUGGUUGUGUGCCUAAAUUAGAGGACACUAUGCCUCCUAAUAGGGCAGUUUUAUAUAGAGGUAUUAUGAAUUAUAGGCAUCAAACUCCUAGUGGAAGAUUUCGUUUUUGA